AAGCAUCAGUCCAUUUGCAAACUUCCGGUGUGGGCGGAGCUUAUAUUCUGAGUACGUAGACAAAAAUCGACGUAGUUUUCUCUUCAUCCUCACUAGUAGUUUUGUGUUGUGUUCGUCAUAUUUGUGACUGACCAGCUCACUUUUCCAACACACCAGCAUUUGCAACGAUGGUCGCCAAACAGAGGAUUCGUAUGGCCAACGAGAAACACAGCAAAAACAUCACCCAGAGAGGAAACGUCAAGUCGUCGAGAAACGUGAGUGAUGAUAAAGUUUCGGUGGGACCGUGGCUCUUGGCACUUUUCAUCUUUGUUGUUUGCGGCUCAGCAAUAUUCCAGAUCAUUCAGAGCAUUCGAAUGGGCAUGUAAAGAGGACCGAUGACGUCUCAACUAUCCACUCCUUGCCACUUCCGCAUACUACACCCAACUUUGCCAAGGAGUUUUUCUAAAAGGCUUUUUGCUGAUUUUAUUGAUUUAUCUUCUUCUGUGAGGUGCAACAAUUCUGUCAUUCCUCUCUGGUGCCUUUUUAAUGAAGAAAAAUCAAAAAGCCAUAAAAUUGCAUUCCUAUUAAUUGUAAUGUUAUCUUCUGUCAAUCUACCUUGAUGUAAUUUAAAAAUCUUGAUAUGUUGCAAGGAGUGAUGUGAUUUGUAACGCCUGACUUCUCGAUCAUUCCUGAAAUAAUUGUGCAAAAAUGAUUCAAUGUGUUAUUGUUUGGUUUUUGGACCCCAAAACAUGAAAUAUUACGAAUGAAAAGCCAGUCAGUUCAUCUUAAUGACAAAUCACACCUUGUAUUACCUUUCUUUUAUUUGUUUUCUUAAUUUAAUAGCUGUCUCCUUUCUUCCAGAAUAUGAAUCUUCAACCUGAAUAAUGUAGUUCUCUGGCACAUAUUCUUGUCAUUGUGGUACAAUUUACCAUAAUAAAAUGAGGCUUAGCAGGAAUUCAGCUUUUCUCAGAACAGAUGAUGUUAUAGUCAUGUAUCAUGAUAGCGUAAUGGAGGAAGAGGAACAAAGCUGGACUUUUAAAAGAUAAAAAAACACAAUUGCUUUGUUUUACUAAAA